CUCCUUCCCUUCUUAACUCAUUCAACUACUGCUGGGAUUUGGCAAAGAGCCAUGGAGAGGCUGCACUUUCAGGGGGCUGCAGGGGCGAUAGAUGAGUAUUUGGAGUAUAGAAGAAUUGUUGGUGAAGAUGACAAAGGUAAACUUUUUAGCCCGGAAGAAUAUGAAAGAAUAAAAAAAGCAGUGCUCCCUAUUCGAAUGCAAAACAGAUUGUAUGUCAGCUGGAGAUCACCAGAUGGUAUGGACUGCAAGCUUGUGGGACCAGAGACUCCAUGCUUCUGUACUCACAGGUAUAAACAGCACAAAACAGAUUUUAAAGAGCUGCCAAAGGCUAGACCAAUUCAUUUGCCUUGUAAAGAAAGGCAGUGUGAGUGUAAGGCAUUUCACUAUGUCCCACGUAAUGGAUCACGCCCUAUUCGAUGCAGAUGCAAGCAUUUUGCUGAUGAGCACAGUGUGGCAGGCACCUAUGCUUGCACCAAAUGUUCAAAAUGUUCAGGUUUCCAUAGUUCCUUCACAUGUGGAUGUGCACAGCCAGCCUAUGCCCAUGAAACUGUAGUGGAGACAAAGGAAGAAAGGCUUGCCCAGGGAAAACCAGUAGGGAAGGAGGUUCCUUAUGCUGCGAUGGGAGGACUGACAGGAUUUAGCUCACUUGCAGAGGGCUAUAUGAGACUAGAUGACAGUGGCAUAGGUGCUCUAAGUAACAGCUUUUUGGAAUCUUCUGAAAGAGGAUUGUCUCACCCAUUUCUACGAGCAUAUGACUCUGCCUCCAAAUCUCAAGCAGAACAGAGUAUCGAUAAACAAGUGUCAAACUUGAAGUUAAGAGAGGAAGAAGACAUGGCUUAUUUUGAAAAGCGAUAUCAGGAGAGGCUGCAGAAAGAAAAGGAGCAAAAAAGACAGAAGAAUUCCAAAGCUCCCAGCAGUCAACACUCAAAGAAUUGUUAAAAGAUUGCCUAAUGACACUGCGUGCAUUGAGAACAUGGAUGAACACUUUUUAAAUAUCUGAGUUUACAACUUUUAGUAGUUUUGAGAUAUUUAACUAUUUUGAAAUGAGUAAAAAUAGGACUGAAUAACCUAAAUAAAUAUAGCAUCAGCAUUUAAUUUGAUAUGUUUGAUUGUUUAGCGUGUAAGCUCCUUCGGAGUAGGACCAUUCUAUCCUUUCAUCAGUUAACAUUAUAAAGUUUUAGUUGUCAGUUGUCUGUUUUAUCUAUUUCUAUAUUGUCUAUUUUACUUUACAUGAUAUUACUUUGUAUAUGUGCCCAUUUACUCAACAUUACAUAAUAUGGCAUUGCUUUUAGAAAUAAAUUAUAUGACAAAAUAACACUCCCAAA